AGCAUGUAUUUUGGCACCCCCCAAAAAAAAACGAAGCUUCCGUCCCCCUCUCUCUGUUGCUCAAAAUCAUCUCACAUCAGACCAUAAACUCCUGAUUUAAAACCCAAACACUGACAUUCUUUACCUUUCUACAAUCCUACUUAUAUCCGCACCCACAUUUCUCCUUGUUUAUACGAUCCGAUUGAUUACUCAACUGAUCUGAGGAAGAUGACGAAUCCACCUCCUCAGAUCGCCAUUAUUGGAGCUGGGACGUUCGUCAAAACCCAGUACCUCCCAAGAUUAGCCGAGAUCUCCGAUCUCGUCGUUGUCAAAGCAAUUUGGAGCCGCUCUGAGGAAUCGGCUAGAAGUGCUGUUGAAAUUGGCUGCAAGAUAUUCCCAGAAGUUGAAUGUAAAUGGGGGGAAACGGGCCUUGAUGAGAUUAUUCAGGAUAGUUACAUUGUUGCUGUUGCAGUGGUUCUUGCUGGACAAACUCAGGUGGAUAUGUCACUCAGGCUGCUAAAGGCAGGGAAGCAUGUCCUUCAAGAGAAACCAGCUGCAGCUUCCACUAGUGAGGCAGAAACUGCAUUAUCAAGCUAUAAUUCCACUUUUGGCACUCUUCCUGGUCAACCAAUAUGGGCUGUUGCUGAAAAUUAUCGGUUUGAACCCGCUUUAGUGGAGGGGAAAAAACUGGUGGCUGAGAUUGGGGAAAUGAUGAGUGUACAAGUUAUUGCAGAAGGAUCGAUGAACAGCUCGAAUCCUUACUUCUCAAGCUCUUGGAGGCGCAAUUUUACUGGGGGUUUUGUUCUAGAUAUGGGGGUACAUUAUGUAGCUGGGUUGAGGAUGCUUGUUGGAUGUGAGAUCAAGACAGUAUCCGCUUUCACUUCUCAUGUAGACUUGACUUUGCCUCCGCCAGAUAACAUCUCCUCUGCAUUUCAACUGGAGAAUGGGUGCUCGGGAGUUUUUGUGAUGGUGGUAUCGUCAAAAUCACCCAAGAUUUUCUGGCGCAUCGUUGGCGUAAAAGGUACAGUGCAACUUGAGCGAGGGAAUAGAGAGGGAAAACACGGUUACAUGGUUUCUCUCUAUACUUCAGACGGGCAAAGCAAGUGCACCUUUUAUCCAUUCAGUGGGGUGACUGAAGAAUUCAAAGCUUUUAUAAAUGAUUUCUCACAGGCCACCCUGAAGAAGGGAAAAAGCUUCGAACCAGAACCGCGGUGUUCAUUUGUUGAAGGAGCUAGAGAUGUUGCUGUGCUUGAGGCUAUGCUUGAAUCUGGAAUGAGGGAAGGAGCCCUGGUCCAAGUGAAAAGGUUCUAGCCCCAUGUUUGAAUCCCUUUGUUGCCCAGUUGAUACACUAGCAUACUGCAGUGAGUUGGAUCCUUUACAAAUCAUUGUCCAGAAAAUUUAGCUUUUCUUGGAAUUAUACCAUUGAAAUUGGUGCACAAGGAUCAUCUGUAUUUAUGACUUGUAUCUAUCAAAUGAAUAAACAAUUUUUAUUUA